AUGGCCAUGAACGAGUUUCAGCCGGAAAUGGAUGAGAUUAACUUCAAGUCGCCGAAGGCACCUCAAACGGCAGCUGAUCGCGUGGAGGAACUCAAGGCACUGCGUUUCUCGUUGAGAGCGAAUAUUCACCGAGCAAACAUGUCCGCAGCCAAGUUCUAUGAUCGACACCACAAGGCAGCACCUCCGAUCACGGUGGGCAGCCUAGUCACAGUUCUGCGUCGCAGUCAGACGGCUGAACAACCGUAUGCCAAGUUGGCGUACGUACGCGAUGGUCCCUUCAAGGUCGUGAAGCAGAUCAAUGAGCGUGCCUUUGAGCUGGAUCUAGGUGAAGCAUCCAGCAAGUCCCGCACCUUCCAUGUAUCUGUCCUGGAAUUGUUUAUCGCUGAUGCCGUUGAAGGUCGGAUUCGGCGAGUCCUGCCUCCUGUCAAGGACUGGGACGGAACAGUUCGACAUCGAGUCGAGGCGGUGAUUGACUCGACUCGUCACAGCGAGAUUAUGUACUAUCGCAUCCGAAGGGUAGGCACCACUGCUCGGGAAGACACCUGGGAGCCAGCCAAAGACGUGUGGGCUCGCUUCCCCAGGGCCGUUCGUUUAUUCCAUCUGGCCGAACCUUCUCUGCCACAGCCUACGCGAGAGGAAUUCGAUAUCCGUUUCACGAAUGGAUCGCCGUCGGUCCAGGCGAAUCAUGUUCAACCCACGGCUAGUCGCACGCCCGCUGCUCCAGCUGGCCACGCUCCACCUCAAGCUAGUGCGUCACCCGUUGCUACGCGCUCAGUGGCAACCCCAUCUGCAGUUGCUGCACGUUCCGUAGCAACCCCGCCCACAGCUGCUGCAAGUCCCGCAGCCAGUCCACUUGUCAAGUCGGCAUCGGCGUUGCCGACGUCGCGUCCUGGGUCCACACCGCCCAGAUAUGAUGUCUGGGGUGCUAACAACAUUUUGGUCGUCGCAGAGGACGAGGAUCAUCUUUUGGAGAGUCGAGUCGGGCUCGAUUGCGAGUGCGUUGCCCCAGAGCUUAUGGAAGCCUGGGCUUGUCUUGAGUUCUUUGUUUUUGCGGCACGUGAAGGUGUCUUGCCUCGCGCGAUUGAGAACAAGGCUUCGGAAGUGCGCAAUAGCGUGGGCCGAGUGGAUGGUUGUGAGGUCGAAGCGAGCUCGGCACCGCAACGUCCAGAGUGUCCAUCUGGCCAGGUGGAACAAGAUGGUGAGACACGAGCGAGAGUGGUCGUGCUUCUUGUCCACAAUGAGUAG